AUGUCCACCAACCGGCCAUUCCUGGCCAACUUUCUAGCGGCCUUUCGCGCCCAGUCCACAUACAAAGCCUCAACAGCAGGUUCACAAUCCGCUGCCGCUGGCCCAUCCUCCUCUCUCUCCUCCACCCAAAUCUCCCAAGGCGCACGAGCCAUAGCCACCAAGGCCAGCAGCGGCAACGCAGCCGCUUCCUCAUCAGAUGCCUCUCCAUCUACCACCACCCACCACUACCACCAUCAUUCCACCACUAGCGCCUCAUCCUCCUCCCACUCCCGUCCUCACUCGCACCAGCGAACCCCAUUGAACCAGCCCGAAUCUUCCCCAGCAUCUCCGGCCCCACCUCAGACCCAGCAGGUCGCCUCUUCCCCGCCUACCCCGGCCGCAUCAAACCCUAUCCCUAUCACAAACAGCCAAGGCCGUCAGCGUCGCGGCAGCGACAGCUCAAGUGGCUCGGGAGGAUUCCGCGAUGCGCUGGGCCCGGAGAAGUGGUAUAUCGGGGGUCGAACGCCUGGCGGCGAGGAGCGGUUUUACCGCUUAGGGAUGGUGACGAAGGGAGGAGGUCGGCUCGGUGGGAGCGGUAGAGUGGGGAGCAUUGAUCAGCUAAGUCUGUGA